AUGGCUGAGGCCAGUAUCUUAGUGGAUCAAGACCAGUUCAGCUGUUCGAUCUGCCUGGAUGUACUGAAGAAUCCGGUGGCUAUUCCCUGUGGACAUAGUUACUGUUUGGGCUGUAUUAAGGGCUGCUGGGAUCAGGAUGAUCAUACUGGUGUCUUCAGCUGUCCCCAGUGCAGAGAGACUUUCUUCCCAAGGCCUGUUUUAAGAAAAAACACCAUACUGGCUGAUGUGGUGGAGAAACUGAAGAAGGCAGGACUCCAAGCUGCUGCUCCUGCUCACUGCUAUGCUGGACCUGGAGAUGUGGUGUGUGAUUCCUGCACUGGGAGAAAGUACAAAGCAGUUCAAUCCUGUCUGAUGUGUCUGGCCUCUUUCUGUGAAACUCACCUCCAGCCUCACUAUGAAUCUCCUGCAUUUAAGAAGCACAAACUGGUCAAAGCCACUGGAAACCUGCAGGAGAAGAUCUGCUCUCAUCAUGACAAACUGCUGGAAGUUUACUGUCGUACCGAUCAGCAGUGUAUCUGUCUGUUGUGUACGAUGGAUGAACACAGAGGCCAUGAUACAGUCUCAGCUGAAGCAGAAUGGACAGAGAAACAGAAGCAGCUGGGGGCAACACAGAGUAAGUUCCAGCAGAGAAUCCAGGAGAGAGAGAAGGAGCUGCAGGAACUGAGGCAGGCUGUGCAGUCAGUCAAGCGCUCUGCACAGGCUGCAGUGGACGACAAUGAGAGGAUCUUUACUGAGAUGAUCCGCUCCAUUGAGAGAAGGUGCUCUGAGGUGAAAGAGCUGAUCAGAGAUCAGGAGAAGGCUGAAGUGAGUCGGGCUGAAGGACUCCUGGAGCGACUGGAGCAGGAGAUUGCUGAGCUGAGGAGGAGAGAUGCUGGGCUGGAGCAGCUUUCACACACAGAGGACCACAUCCAUUUCCUCCAGCACUGUCAGUCUCUCUGUGCCCCCCCUGGACCUGGAGACUUACCCAGCAUCACUGUCAGUCCACAUGUGUCUUUUGAGGCUGUGAGGAAAUCUGUCUCUGAACUGAAAGAGCGACUGGAGGACAUCUGCAAGGGGGAACUGGUCAAAAUUUCUCAAUCAGAGCCCAGGACCAGAGAGGAUUUCUUAAAGUAUUCCUGUCAGCUCAAACUGGACCCCAACACAGCGUAUAAAAACCUGCGUCUGUCUGAGGGGAACAGAGUGGUGACCCAUGUGAGAGGGAUCCAGUCAUAUCCUGAUCAUCCAGAGAGAUUUGAUGGCACGGCACAAGUCUUGUGCAGAGAGGGUCUGUCUGGACGCUGUUACUGGGAGGCUGAGUUGAGUGGAGAUUGGGUUUGUUUAGCCAUGUCAUAUAAACACAUCAGCAGGAAAAAAGGACAGGGUCAUCAGUGUGGUCUGGGAAAUAAUAAUCUGUCCUGGAGUUUUUACCGCCAUCCCUCCAAAUAUUCUUUCAGGCACAAUAAAGUUAACACUGAGAUCCCUGUUCCCCCCUCCUCCAGAAUAGGAGUGUACCUGGAUCACAGGGCAGGAACUCUGUCCUUCUACAGUGUCUCUGAUACAAUGACCCUCCUGCACAGAGUCCAGACCACAUUCACUCAGCCCCUCUAUCCUGGGUUCUGGGUUGAUUCUGGAAGUUCUAUAAAACUGUGUGAUCUUUGAUGAGACCAGCUGUAACCAGAGUGAGAGAAAAACACUGCAGUGAGAAAGAGAAGAGAAGUAAAUAAAACAUAAAAGAUUGAGGGUCUGAUGAGGGGCACACCUCUAUACCUCUACCACACUGGGGUCAGAGGAACACAUUUUACACAGUUCUACACCUCUACCACACUGGGGUCAGAGGAACACAUUUUACACAGUUCUACACCUCUACCACACUGGGGUCAGAGGAGCACAUUUUACACAGUUCUACACCUCUACCACACUGGGGUCAGAGGAGCACAUUUUUCACAGUUCUACACCUCUACCACACUGGGGUCAGAGGAGCACAUUUUUCACAGUUCUACACCUCUACCACACUGGGGUCAGAGGAGCACAUUUUACACAGUUCUAAGCAAAAUUGUAAAUUGGGAAAUUGUAUAUUAUGGGGAUUAUAAUAUGAUUAAAUAGUGAAAAACAGGUGGAGCAUCUUUUUCUGUCAAAAGGAUUACCUGCACAGUCCAUUUAAUAAACAUGUGAACUGAAUUCUGAAUACUCAUUAACCCAGUGGACUGCAAGAGGCCUUCAGUUCAGUCCUCCAUCCUGACAUGGAGAAAAAUAUUAAAAAAGUGGAUCCGAGGGGCAUGCCUCUACACCUCUACCACCCUGGGGUCAGAGGAACACAUUUUACACAGUUCUGUACCUCUACCACACUGGGGUCAGAGGAACACAUUUUACACAGUUCUGAGAGAAUCUAACAAGAAUUCUGUGAGCUUAAUUCUGAACACUCAUUAACCCAGUGGACUGCAAGAGGCUUUCAAUUCAGUCCUCCAUCCUGACAUGGAGAAAAAGAUGAAAAUAAUGUUUCGGAAACUGAACAGAGAUAAAGCUAGAAUAAGACAGGAAAUAUGUGGGUGUGGAAAAUGGGAUUCUCUGCUUUCAUUUCUGCUUCUUCCACACAAGACUUAUAAUAAUCACCCUGUUGACAGAAAGUCAUUCAGUAGUUUAUGUUCACGUGUCUUUGUACCAAUGUGGGGUUGGCUGGCCUGAAUGGGAGGGGUUAUUGUCUUUACUGUAAGAAGCAGAUUUCACUACAAAAUGGA